AGCGCUGCUCUCUGCCUCAGUCGCUGCAGGCUGGACCACGGCCGGCUCCGGGUGCUGCUGCUUCGUCUACGGAGCUUUUCUACGCCGACGCUUCCUCUUCCUCUUGCCCUUCGUCCUCCCUGCGGCGUGCCGAGGAGGACCCGCCGCGCCUCCCCUUCAGCGUUUCCUCCGUCCUGGGCUUCUUCAAGCGCCUCUGCGUUGAAGAAGCCCAGCAGUCGUCUUCAUCACCUCCCGACGGCGACCCUCCGCCUUCGUCUCGCCUUCCUCUCCUUCAGGCUUUGUUGUUUCUUCGGGUUCCCGCUCAGACCGCCGCGUCCCGACAGAAGGCAUCAUGGGAAACCACGGCUCGAACCUGGACGACAUCCUGGCCGAGGACAUGCACCACUGGUACAACAAGUUCAUGCGCGAGUCGCCGUCGGGCCUCAUCACGCUGUUCGAGCUCAAGCAGAUCCUCGGGCUGAAGGGCAUGAACGAGAACGCCAACAGCUACGUGGACCAAGUCUUCUUCACCUUCGACAUGGACGGGGACGGGUACAUCGACUUUGUGGAGUACAUCGCGGCCGUCAGUCUGAUGCUGAAGGGAGAAAUCAACCAGAAACUCAAGUGGUACUUCAAACUCUUCGACCAGGACGGGAACGGCAAGAUCGACAAGGAGGAGCUGGAGACCAUCUUCUCGGCCAUCCAGGACAUCACACGGAACCGCGACAUCGACCCGGAGGAAAUCGUCUCGCUCAUAUUUGAGAGGAUCGACGUGAAGGGAGAAGGUGAGAUGACCCUGGAGGAGUUCAUCGAAGGAGCGAAGGACCACGACGACAUCAUGGAAAUGCUGAAGAACCUGAUGGACCUGACGCCCGUCCUGAUCAUCAUCGUGGAGGGCCGGCAGUAGAGCCCGGGGGUCCGGUGCACCAGGGAAGACAACAGACUUAAAGCAGGCCCUUCCUCCCCCCAAAAAAGUGAAAAGACGUGUUAUCACUCUCGCAAUAUCCCCCUUUUAUACCAGAGAAACCUGGUGUUGAUGAUGCUGGGGGGCGGGGCGACAGAGAUGGUUCUGCUCCAAGAGUCUUUGUGAAGAUGAGGACGGCAAGUUGAGGAAACCGAGGCCAAAAGCAAAACGUCAACUUUUGAGUUGGACUUUUGAUCAGCUGUCCAAUGUCCAACCAUCUGCAGACACAGCUGCGGCGCUCUGGGCCCUCCAUCCCUCUGCCGCUAUCAAGCCGAAAGUGGAAGGGAUUUCUGGCAAAUAAAUCAGAGAACUUGGAGAGGUAACGCUGAUGAUGCCGUUCUCCGCGUCCACAUUCACCUGUAAGCCACCCGGGUGCUCGUAGCGUUCAGAGAAAUCCCUAGUGUCAAGGUCACUUCUGGAAACCUUUCACAAAGAUUUUAAUUCUCACUGAUUGUCGGGAGCAGAGACAGUAGAUUAGGUAGCGAUCAACAUGGCAGGCUAACAAAAUAAUAAAACAAUUUUAAUCCACUGGAAGGAACAGACCUGACUGCCUCAUAGCUCGGCCUCCUCGUGAGGGCCAGGAGUUUGUGGCCGUCUUGUGUCCUCGAUUUAAAGAGGAAAACUGAUUCCAGCUUCCUAAUUCAUGUGACCUUUGCACACUCUGGAAAAAUGCACAGUCAGAUCUGAGUCUCAGAAAUGGUUAAAGGACCAUCCCAGUGAUUUUCAGUCUUUGGCCUGGACUUAAUUUCGGUGAUGGAAUACUGGUGUCUGAAGUCUCUGAAAGUUCAUUUUCAUAUCGUAGUGGAAUGAAUGGAAACCAACGUCUGGAGAAAAGGGAGAGGAAAUGAUCUGGCAGCUCUAAAAUAACAACGGCUCACUUUGGGAGAAGAUCAGCAGGAACAUUUUGGAGAUGUUGAACUGAACAUGCAGAAUCACUGAGAUGGACCUUUAACACUGAUCAGACAGGAGGAGUUUCCUCUUCAAGUAAAAGAUCUGUUCAAAGGGCAAAAGCAGCAUCGCAUCCCAGUCCAUCCCACAGGUUUCCAGUGGGUUCAGGUCUGGAUCUGUGUCAGCAUUUCAGAAAAGGACCCAAAGAAACUGCUGCCACAAAGUUGGAAGCGCACAGUUCAGAAAGUCUGUGUGUGCAUUAAGAUCUCCCUUCACUGGAAUUAAAAGGCUGAGCCCAAAACACUAAUUUCCUGUGUGGAUGUGGGUGUGGUGUUCAGGUGUUCACACUUUUGGCCACAGAGUAGAAGUUACAGGUAGGUUUGUCGGGUCCCAACAUGACCUUAGCAGUAUUAUACCUGAACAGCCCUUGCUGGCCUGUUGUCAGCCCCUGAGCCUGUCAGACUCUGGAACACCUGGCCGCUGUGAGCGUCCGCCGCAGGGCCAGGGCGGUGGAACCGGUCAGUUUUCUUGCUGUGUGAGCAGAGCAUGCCAGGAGUCAAACCUCUGAUCAUCCGACAUCGUCCUCGUUCUGACGCCCGCUGAUCCUCUUAAUGCUGUAAAAGGUUCAGGGACUGAGCUGUAACCGAGCAGAUUUACAGCAGCACCACGUGGGAGCUUUUUUAGGAAAGGCUCAGCUGCCUGAGGAUGGAGCAGGAAGACCAAGAGGCGCCGCUGCUGCUGCAAUCAAACUUCACUCAAAUCAGAGCAAGAACAACGGCUCCGUCAAGACUCGAGCACAGAAUGAUUCACUGUCACAGUGAAUGUUUGAAAACCUUGAGUAAUACUAGUUUUCAAAUGUAAUUAGAAAAACAGCAUUACUCCAGAAAUCCAUGAAAGUACAUUAACAAAUGUAUAUGCAGCUAGUUUUUUUCAUCUUGUCUUGAUAAAGACUCCACAACAUAAAUAACUCACCAUAACAGGAGCAGCAGAUGCCUGAAAUACCUGUGUGACUGUAACAGUACAAGCAGAUCUCUGAAUGUAAUCAAAAAGGUGGCGACACUCAAGAAAUCUCCUCAGUUCCGUUUAUCUAGAAUAUGUGUCACCUGCCUUCACGGCACCAGCCGCUUAUGUAACCCGGCACAAACCCAAAUCCUCAUGAGGGAUUGGGCCAUUUUAGUGGCCGAUGUUCUUGUGAGGGCUGAUGGAGUUUCCCCGACCUCUGGCAGCGGUCCAAUCAGAUCGAUCAAGGCCACGCCGAAUCCCCGUCCCGAUAAUGGGCGGGUAAUUUUUUUUUUGUUCUUGCUCCAUGUCAGUCCCUGUCUUGGUACUACUUUCUACUGCUGCUACAGCUACUAACAGCGGCGGGGAAACAUCACUGUUAAAUGAACACAGAGAAAUCGUGAAAACCUCACCUUGUUUUUUUUUUUGUGGGGGGGUUAACGCUGGAAAAAAAAUAAGUUAACCAGUGCAGGUCAGUUUACAGUUAUGUAAGAGCUCAGUCACGGUGUAAAAAUGGUGCAAGAAAUUUUUUGACCUGAAGGGACUUAAAAGUUACAGAGAAAUUAGAUCAGAAACUUGGCCAAAUCCUUUAACAGUUGGUUCCAUAAAAGGUGCGGGUGCACUGAUUUGAUUUGCCUAAAACAUUUGAAGUGACGGGUCCACACAGAGAAACCCGAAAACGCUGCUCCGUCCAACUGGAGUUUUCACAGUUUCGGAGAAGUUGGCCAUCCGCACCAGAGUGUGGACACAAAUUUAGACAUUAUGUUCAGGUUCAGGUGGGGUUCGGUCACGUUAGUGUUAUCUUAGUGAAAAAUGAUGGACCUACUGUCUGUUCUGGGCAGCCUUCUGUGCAGUGCUGGAGUUUACGUGACGAUGCUGAAGGCAACACGUAGGCUGUUUCAGGUGGUAAAGGUAACCUAAUGAUGGAGGACGAGCAAAACCUGCCAACAAACAUGCAGCUCAACCCACAGCAAAGCGAGGAUGUUGGCUCCAGCACGAUCACACGACAGUCCGACAUCACAGACAUUUUCAUUUUUGUUUUCGCUUCUUCGACAAACCAACAUUCACAUUCGUCCACCUGGGAGAGCGUUUUCCAAAAGCUCCAUUUCCAUUGGACAGAAACGCUGAUUUACUGUGGAGGGAAGGGCUAAAUGGAACAAUAAAGAUAAGUUUUCAGAUUUCUCCCGAUCAGAGCGGACUUCACAUAAUCGCUCCAGAUUACACAUGGUUCAAAGCGAUAUACGAUCCCCGUCAUGUAUUCCGGUUUCCAACUCAAGUACUUUUUUGUCUCUCUCUCUCUCUUUUUGUUUUUUUUUUAAAGUCUAGUUCUAUCUUUCCUUCUGUACUCGUUUGUUGUUUUCCUGGUGCACAAACUAGUUUUCUUCAUUUCAUAAUUCUGGGAGUUUUAGCGACACACUCCAGAUAGAAAAUCUCCAGAGCAACUUCUGUGAGGACUAACUAACAUCUUGACGUUUUAAUUGUUUGAGUCAUGACACUCUGGGAAAAACAAAGCUUCACCUUCAUGAAAUCAUCAUGCUGACAUUCAUUCUGCAAAAGGACAUGCAGGACUGUUUGUUCCUAAAGGGAAACUUCACACAUUCAAAAUACAAAAUCUAAUAAUUCAAAGGAAAUAAGAUAAAUAAAUAACUCAGUUUUUUAGAAUAGUGUUUUUCUGCGCUACUCACUGGUUUGCAUCAUUUUUCUCUGGAAAAGCUCAGAUUCAAACUUCAGGUCACGCGCUGAGAAAUUUAAUUCAUGGGUCCAGAAUUUUCUGUAGAAACCAAACAUUUGUGUUGGUGCCUGAAAACCUUGAAACUCUGCCGGUUCUUGUUCGGUUUAAUCUAACUUGAGGGAUUGUGUCUUUCUUAAAACGUGCCGACUCACUUUCUCGACAGUCAGGCUCAUUCAGAAAACGCCUCGUCAUCUUUGAGAUUUCCCCCCGUUCUUCUGGGAUGUUUGGCUUUAAGGUUUUCAUCCAACAACGUUCCUAAACUAGCGUAAGGACACCAAGUAGGAAACACUUUAGUGACUCUGAUCACACACUUUCUUGUUUACAGUGUUAGCUGUUGCUCAGUGACCGUCGCUCUGAUUUCUAAACCUGUAAGGCCACAAGGGAAUGUACCGGACGCUGUCGGCGACUUGAAUGUUUUUAAUAUUUUUAUACAAGUGAAGCAAGAAUGUGUGUGAGAGGAUCAGCUGGAUGGAAGGCAAUGUUUGAAAAUGUACAUAAUGAUACUGAGCAGAUGUUGUUGUUGUUGUUUUUUUAAGAAAAAUGUGCUUUCAGAUUUGUUGAUUGUCCAACCUGAAUCUGUUUGUAGUCGAGGGAAGAAAGCGACACCGACUGGUUUGAUGUGAGGUUUCUGUCAGCGGAGACGGUUCUGCAAAGAACCGAGGGAACCGACCGCCUGGACGCUGACUGGAACCAAUCAUGCUUUGUGUUGCCUUACUAAUAAAGUUUUUAAGCAAA